CAGUGUUACCCUACGUGCGUCAGUGAUAUCGUGUCGAUCGUGUCGAUCGUGUGUCGCAAAAUAUAACCCCAAAUAUAAAAUGCUGGAAUCGUCGUCGACGUCGUUGAAAACACUGUUUGUCCAACGUAUUUGAUUUUAAACACGGUCUGGCGGUCGUUUCGCUGACGCUCCACGCGUUCUGUACACUUUGCAUCAUGAAAGUUAUCGUGAAAAAGCUUCAAGGAAAAGAAUGCGUCGUUGACAUCAUGCCUUCGGACACGGUCCUACAACUGAAGCACAAACUGAGCGAUCUCCUUGGCAUAGAAGUUCCGCAACAGAAAUUGUUGCUCACGGGGAAAACGUUGGCUGACGAGAAUCCGUUGAGUUUUUAUCCGGGAAUCAAAGAUGGAAGCAAACUGAAUCUGUUGGUCGUAAAAAGGGCGGACGAAGGAUCUAACGAGGGGAAGCCGUCGCAUAGCAAGACGGGUACCGAUCUGUUGCGAGAUGAAGUUUCUCGAGUACUCAGACAUUACUACACGGAAUCUGAAACAGAGUCGAUAGUAAACGAAUUGCUGAAAGAUCUGAAGCACAAAGUGAACAGCCUCAGUUACGAUGAUUUGGAAAGAUUAGCGACGGCACUGUUGCAAGACCAGGAGAAUAUAGCUCAGGGUUGAACAUCUCGGUUGUUUUCGACCAUUUUCUUUUCUUAUUACCCAAUUGUUAUAGUACAUACUUGUUUAAUUAAAGGAACGAACGUUGCCUCGUCGUA